GUGCUGUCAAGUUUUUAGAGGGAACAAUAGCUGCUAUUUUUUGCCAAUGCAUUGAUUGUGCCUAUUAAAACAAUGCCAACUAAAAUACAAAAUGCAAAGCAAUAACUGUCAAGUGCAUCGUGCGCGUAAUACACAAACCAAUUAACAAGCAACGUGAUUACUGUUUUUUCGUUAACUUACAGACACACACACACACACACAUAGUGAACUGUAUACUAAUUGUAGGGUAGCAAGUGCAGAAGGUAAGCAAAUCGCUCGGUAAGCAGAACCUACCAGAGCACACAGGUAAAGAAGCUCUCUCAGGAGCUGAGCAGGAACUCUAGGCGUGAAGAUAAACUAGCAGUUAGAAGCAGCGAUUAAAUGGCUGAUGGUAAUGGCCAGGCAGCAGCUGGAGCUUCCCGUGCUGCCAACAACGGUGUCCAAGAUGCCUCAAUGCAGACAGUAAACACCGGCGCUGGGAUAACGAAUCAACCGGGAACAUCUAGUACUGCCACCCAAGUGGGCGGUGCCAGUGAAGGAGCAAGUGGUGUAAGUAGAAGCGGGAGUGGGAGUGGAAAUGGGAAUGCAAGUGGAAGUGGAAGUGGCAAUCAAGGGUAUUAUCAAUUAAGUGUGACAAUUGAGGAGGCAUCGUUGCGAAACAAUGGAUUCCUCAAGCCGAAUCCCUACGUGGAACUGCUGAUAGACAGCAAGAGCAAACGCAAGACGGAUCUGGUGAAAAACAGCUAUCUGCCCAAAUGGAACGAGGAGUUUACAGUGCUGAUCACACCCAAUUCGACGCUGCACUUCAAAGUGUUGGACCAUUCGAGUUUUCGCAAGGAUGCCAUGCUUGGAGAGCGUGUCAUUCAUCUGGCCCACAUACUGCAGCAUUAUAAUGGACGCUGCGAGUUCCUUGAACUGACCAUCGAUCUGUUUGUCACCUCCAAGUCGGACAAUCGACAGACGAAGAGCGGCGAAUUGGUGGCUAUUCUCAAUGGUCUCAAGCUGGACAUGAGCAAAGUGAUUCAGUUGCCACAGAAUGGAGCUGCCGUCCAGCCUGUGGUGAAUCCCGUGGUCACUGAUGCUGCCACCGCCGGACGCAGUUGUAUGAUCUAUGGCGGAGUUCGGGCGAGGAUGCGUUUGCGCUCCAGCAAUGCCGAGCCACAGGCGGCAACCCGUUCCCCGCUGCCCAAUGGAGCACCACCAGCGGAACAAAGGCGCUCAACGGCGCCGCCAGUGUGGGAACAACAACAACAGCAGCAGUUGGCAUCACAGCCACCACCACCAACACGCUUAGUAAAUGGCAGCGCUGCGGCUGUGCCGCAGACAGCUCCAUAUCCACAGCAACCGCCGGCCCCUGCACAGGUGCAACAACAGAGUCCAGAGGUGUUCGGCAAUGGCACCGUGGUAAAUGGACUGUACAUGUCCAAUGGUCUGGUGCAUCCGGCCUCCUGUACCAAUGUGCUGCCUGUGAGCAACGGCACCGAUACCCAGCUGCCAACGCAGCCGGCAGAGGAUGAGCUGUUGCCAGCUGGCUGGGAGAUACGGCUGGAUCAGUAUGGGCGAAGGUACUACGUGGAUCACAAUACACGCUCCACAUACUGGGAGAAGCCAACGCCGUUGCCACCGGGCUGGGAGAUACGCAAGGAUGUCCGAGGUCGUGUUUACUACGUGGAUCACAACACAAGGAAGACAACCUGGCAGCGACCCAACAGCGAACGCCUGAUGCACUUCCAGCACUGGCAGGGCCAACGUGCCCAUGUGGUGGCACAGGGUAAUCAACGGUUCCUUUACUCGCAGCAGCAACAACAGCCAACGGCUGUCACAGCGCCGGUGACACAGGAUGAUGAGGAUGCGCUUGGCCCGCUGCCCGAUGGCUGGGAGAAGAAAGUGCAAUCCGACAAUCGUGUGUACUUUGUGAAUCACAAGAAUCGCACCACGCAAUGGGAGGAUCCACGUACGCAGGGCCAGGAGGUGAGCCUCAUUAAUGAGGGACCACUUCCACCUGGCUGGGAGAUACGCUACACGGCGGCCGGCGAGCGAUUCUUUGUGGAUCACAAUACGCGACGUACCACCUUUGAGGAUCCACGUCCGGGCGCGCCAAAGGGCGCCAAGGGAGUUUAUGGUGUGCCACGCGCCUACGAGCGCAGCUUCCGUUGGAAGUUGUCCCAGUUCCGUUACCUGUGCCAGAGCAAUGCGCUGCCCUCGCAUAUCAAGAUCACCGUCACCCGGCAGACGCUCUUCGAGGACUCGUAUCAUCAAAUCAUGCGAUUGCCCGCCUACGAGCUACGCCGUCGCCUGUACAUCAUCUUCCGUGGCGAGGAAGGUCUCGAUUACGGCGGCGUGUCGCGGGAGUGGUUCUUCCUGCUGUCGCACGAGGUGCUUAAUCCCAUGUACUGUCUGUUCGAGUACGCGAACAAGAACAACUACAGCCUGCAAAUCAAUCCCGCUUCCUAUGUCAAUCCGGAUCAUUUGCAGUAUUUCAAGUUCAUUGGACGAUUCAUUGCCAUGGCCCUGUAUCAUGGUAGGUUCAUCUACAGUGGCUUCACCAUGCCCUUCUACAAGCGCAUGCUGAACAAGAAGCUGACCAUCAAGGACAUUGAGACGAUUGAUCCCGAGUUCUACAAUUCCCUCAUCUGGGUAAAGGACAAUAACAUUGACGAGUGUGGGCUCGAACUCUGGUUCAGCGUGGACUUUGAAGUCCUUGGACAGAUCAUUCAUCACGAGCUGAAAGAGAAUGGUGAAAAGGAGCGCGUUACCGAGGAGAAUAAGGAGGAGUAUAUCACACUCAUGACCGAGUGGCGCAUGACUCGCGGCAUUGAGCAGCAGACCAAGACGUUCCUAGAGGGAUUCAACGAAGUUGUGCCUUUGGAAUGGCUGAAAUACUUUGAUGAACGCGAACUGGAGCUGAUACUGUGUGGCAUGCAGGACGUGGAUGUCGAAGAUUGGCAAAGAAACACCAUCUACAGGCACUACAAUCGCAAUUCCAAGCAAGUCGUCUGGUUCUGGCAGUUUGUGCGGGAAACGGACAAUGAGAAGCGUGCGCGUCUGCUGCAGUUUGUGACUGGCACAUGUCGUGUUCCCGUCGGCGGAUUUGCCGAGCUAAUGGGCUCCAAUGGACCGCAACGUUUCUGCAUCGAAAAGGUGGGCAAGGAAACGUGGCUGCCGAGAUCCCAUACGUGUUUCAAUCGGCUCGAUUUGCCGCCUUACAAGAGCUACGAUCAGCUGGUGGAGAAAUUGACCUUUGCCAUUGAGGAGACUGAGGGCUUCUGCCAGGAAUGAGUGGUAGUCGAUUUGUGGUCAGUUUGUUGAUUAAUGUUUAAUUCCAAUUGAGCGUCCCGUUGUCGUCCGUUACGUUGAUAGUUACUGUUAUUAUUACAUGCCUCUAUGUACAUACAUACACGUAUGUAGCACUAUUAUGUACACGUACAUUUUUAUCGUGGUGUCCCUCGAUGGGAUUCCAAUUCCUAAGUUCGCAUUAACACCUCCUAGCUCUGUAAACACACACGAUUAUUCUUAUUUCUAGGCGUCUUUUGGCUCAAUCUUUGCACUCUAAGUUAAGUUUCGGCCAUAUGCUCUAUACAUUAAAUACAUAGAAAUUCCCACAUUUAUAUGGCUUGUGUUGUGUUUUUAAACUAUCAAAAUGUUAACUUGUUACGUCACUCAAACGGUCCACAAACAAUACAAAACAAAAUAAAAGCAUAAUAGACAUGUAAGACACGCAACAACCUGAGCAAUAAACAAAUUAUGUCAAAUUUUAUGUUCACUUUAUAGAGUUCUACUAUAUAUGUAGUUUGUAAAUAAUUCAUAAUGCUAUGUUAACAAUCAAAUAAUCAUUUAUUUGGCCAUCAUUGUAAAGUGCAACUUUAAAUGCGAUACAUAGGAACAAGUUUUUAACUGUUUUACAAUUGUUUAGCACAUCAAAAAAUUUUAAAUAUCAAUACACAAAAUGCAAAAAAGCGAAAUAUAUAAAAUAUACAAAUAACAUGAGAACUUUAAACACCGCGAAAAAAAAGUAAAAAAACUAUAUUAUAAAAAAACGGAAAUAAAAAAAAAACAAUUGCAAAAACACACUUAAAACAAUAACUAUAUAAAUCAAAUAGCAAUAAUUGUUGUUAACAAAAUGUAGAGCAAAAACACGAGUCGUAAAUUUGAGUAAAGGCAAUUUGAGAACUAAGUAUAUUUUCAUGUUCUACAUAGAAAUGUACAUUAAUACGAGUAUGUAGGUAUGAACGUUGUGUAAAGAAGGCGCAAAAGUUGCUAAAUUCUAUUAUUAUACAUAUAUACAUUAUAAAUAUUUAAUUAGUUUAAUGCAACGUGUACUGUAUUAUAUAAAAUAAAUGCAAAAUUAUUUAGUGAUAUGCGAAAUUGGCUACCGCACAAUUUU